GAGAAGCAAUUUUACUUCUGCUAUGGCAUCCUCCCUGUAUUGCAGUUUCUGGGGAAAAAUGGCCUCAUAGUCUCAAAUAAUAUUUGCUCUUAUUUUGUGAAUUAUUUCUCACUUCUUCUGCUUGAUUUGUGUUAGAAAUAUGUGGUGAAUUGACUACUAUAGUAUAUUAGGUGAAUUACUAUUGAAGUUCUACCUACCUGGUAGAGGUUCUGUGAGAAGCAGAAUGUUGGCUUUAAAUAUUUCAGACAUUUUUAUUUGUUGCCUGACAAUCAUAUUGCAAAACUGGUAUUUUAUAUGUCGACUGUCCAUAAAUGGAAAACGAAUACAUUCCUGACACAAGAGUUUGAAAGAGGAAGUAACAGUUUAACAAUGAUGGUAGUGCAACGGAUCCUCGUUCUCUCUGUUUUUGUCUCAUUUGCAGUGUCCAAAGAUGAGUUUAAGGAGGUUGGAAGUUUAUUUCAACUGGAUUUGCCAAAAGAUUUACGUUUCGUAGAGCUUACAUGGAUGUUUAAUUCCAAAUUUAUGUUGAAAUGUAAAUCUGGGGAAGUAGUGCACUUUCCUGCUUAUAAUGGCAGAGUGGAGUUUAAUAAGACAACCUUCAGUCUGACACUGAAGAACUUAACUAAGAAUGAUACUGGAACGUAUACAGUAAAAGAUGAUGAUGACGAGGGGGAAAACAUUAUUGUUGUGCACACACUCACUGUGUUGGAUCCUGUAGUGGCUCCGAAGCUUGAUUUUCUUCCUCAGCAAAACAAAGGCACCUGUAAUGUGACCUGUGAAAGUCAGGGGGUCUCGGUCUCCACUAGCUGUUAUAAUGAAAUCUGCGAGGCGAAAAAUAAGACGUCAUCAGACCUCACCCUUUCCCUGCAUGGAAAUGGCACAACUGUCAGCUGUACUGUCUGCAUCAAAGCCAUCUCAAAGCACACUACUCAGAACAUUACCUUCUGUUUUCAUAAAGGGAAGAGCAACCACUCCAGUGCAAAAGGCAGACAUUCUGGGCAAAGCUGUGCAGCGGUAGUAUUCACUGUACUGCUUGUCUUGGUUACUGUGACAUGAAACUGAAGCAGAAAACAGGUGCAGGUGACAAGUGACGUUUGCAGUUAAAAAGCCAUUGCAAGUAUCGCCAUCCGGUGGUAGGGACACUGAUGUCAAAAUACUCAAAGGCUGAAAGUGCUUGGCCAGUUAGGAAGAACCAAAUGUGUCAAUAAACCAUUUUAUCUGUGG